UUGUUGUUGUUGUUUUUUGUUUAUUAUUAUCGCGUCGUUCGUUGCGCGCUGGCGUUUAGUUUUUUAAAUAGCGCACUUCCUUGUGCGACUCCGCAGUAACCCAAACGUCGUAGAUUCCUUGCCCAGCCCUCAAAGAACCCGUUAUUUCCUUACAUAACUGAAGAAUAAUUUUGAAUUUAAUUUACCAACGGAACGGAAGGCAAUUAACCGAGACACGCAAGUGCAUGCACACUAUUAUGCAAAGUGCAGAAUUGCAGCUGGCCUAAGAGAAAAAAGAAAAAAAAAAGAAAAAUAGAAACAAAUGCAAAAAGUGCCUGGGCAAAACGAGAAAAAUCAGCUGUGAUCUUUGUGUUGGGUUCACCAUAGAGUGGGUGGCAAAGUGGGCGGGAUGGGGGGUGGUGGGUUGCUGGACAUCUACUCCAUGGCCUGGGAGCAUCUGAGACCCGGAAGUUCGCCCGUCGAUUGGUGCGAAGGCAAUUACUUGAUUUCAUCCAAUAUCGCAGAGUUCGUGAACACGUUUAGCAAUAUUUUGUUUAUCCUCCUCCCGCCCGUGCUGAUAAUGCUCUUUAAGGAAUAUGGACGCUUUGUAACGCCCGGAAUUCAUGUGAUUUGGGUGCUGCUCAUCGUGGUUGGCCUAAGUUCGAUGUAUUUCCAUGCCACCCUGAGCUUAAUUGGCCAACUCCUCGAUGAACUGGCCAUUCUGUGGGUCUUCAUGGCUGCAUUUUCUUUAUUCUACCCGAAGCGCUAUUAUCCCAAGUUCGUGAAAAACGAUCGCAAAACCUUCAGUUGGCUCAUGUUAAUGUCGGCGAUCGCCGCAACGGGCUUGUCAUGGUGGAAGCCGAUUGUUAAUGCCUUUGUUCUCAUGUUCAUGAGUAUUCCGACCAUGGUAAUGCUCUACACGGAACUACAGAGAGUUAGUGACCAGAGGGUUUAUCGCCUGGGAAUUCGAUCGACAACCGUCUGGGCUGUGGCCGUUUUCUGCUGGAUCAAUGACCGGGUCUUCUGCGAAGCCUGGUCGGCGAUCAAUUUUCCGUACCUGCACGGCUUCUGGCACAUAUUCAUUUUCAUAGCCGCCUACACGGUGCUGGUGCUGUUCGCCUACUUCUACGUGGAAUCGGAACUGCCCCAGCGACAGCCGCUGCUCAAGUACUGGCCAAAGAACGAGUUCGAAUUCGGGAUACCCUUCAUAUCGAUCAGGAACCCAGAUUCGAAAGAUUGGCUCGUCUACUGCAGCCUGUACAUGCAGGACUAUGACUACAAGCACGGAAAGAACUAAAGCAAGAUUUCGAGCGAAAUCGAAAGAUAGACAAACACAGCGUGAUAUAUAAGGAAUACCUAAAUUAAAUAUACAAUACACUAGCCGUUAAAAAUGUAGCUUGUCUGCGGAGAUGGCAGAAACCAAAUUAAGUAUAGCUGCCAUAUAUAGAGCGUUACGUUAGGAAAUAUGAUUUACCUAGUUUAUAAUAAAUGUUACAUUCAAGCUCCUCUGUUUUGUCACAAUAAAGAAUAUUAUUUGA